CCAAUGCUUUUUGCCACUGUCAGGAAAAGUUGUAUCAAUAGGCCCUUGCAUCAGCGCAAAUUCGAUUCGACUCUUAUUGAAGUACAGGGAAGUUGCUAUGUCUCGGCAUGAGGGUAAGUUUGUUUUCUCUUUUAGAUUUGGAAAUUGUGGCUUCCCUUCUGGAAAGCAGUUUUCCUCUUAAAUUUCUUUAUGUCACUGAUGCCACAGUGUUUCAAGUUGUGUUUAUCUCAGCCACAGUCUCUAAGAGUGGUCGUUUUCUAGAGUUGCAUCCAUAGUUCCGUUACGUUCACUUACACGUUCGAAAGGUGUAAAUGAGCAUGUUUGCUUGGGUUCUUUUCAACGCGCGGCGUCGAAACUGAGAGACCUCUCCUUUUAGUGGCAAAGUAUGGCACACAUUAAAUACAAUAUUCUUUCUUAUACUUCUUUGUAUUCGACGUGAGUAAUAAACUGGUGCAGUCACUUUAUGAUAUUACCUAUACAUUUAAAUAUUUCACUGCGUCCUAGUACAUAAGUUACAUAGCUGUUGCUUUAAGGUUAAUUUUCAUCACCUCAAGACUGCUAUCCUUGUCGUUUUACUGAAAAUUGUACGUUGGGAAUUGUGUGUAAAUGUUCUAUAAAAAAUUAAUUCCUCAGUACAACCACUUUCUGGUCAGCUAAUAAUCAAGAGGAUACAGAGGGACUAAAAUUAAUUUGGUUAGUUUCUCUGUAGCUUUCCUGCCUUUUUUUUAAGAAGAAUGAUGCAUUAGAUUCAAAACUACUGGUUGAAAGGGAAAGUAGUGAGGAAGGCCAAGAGCUUAUUUGUGUAUGACUAAUGGCAGCAAAUUAAUUUUAGCAAAUGACUUUUUUAAGGGACACUGGCAAGGCUGUGUAUGUGUGGUUUUACUUGUUCUAUCAGCUCAGAUUUAUAUGUUCCUUUUUUACUAAGUAUUUAUCACCAAAAUUGUUUCCAAUUGUAUUGUGUAUAUUUCAUAGGCUUCUUUGGUGGCUAGGAAAGGGCAAAUUACCCAACAGUUAUACAAUAUUUAUGGUUAAGAAGUUGCAAAUGAACUUGACUAAAAACUUGUUUAAUUAUCAGUAUGAAUUGCUCACUAGCUGAUUCAAAAAUAAGAUUUUUUUCACUGUCGAGAUGUGGGUUGAAAUCAGUAUCCUAAGUACUACUGCUAUUCUAGGUUAAAAACAAAGCAAUUUUGUCUGUAUGUCAUAUACCACAAGAGAAAGAAACUGGUCAUGCAUUUCAUAACAAUGGAUUCUGUGACAGAAAAAUAUACAAAUAUCUGGGAUAAUGUUAUAAUUAUGGUAUUGUAUUUACCAGGUAAGGCAGAGAGAUUUCUUAUGACUCCUUUUCUAACUCAUGAUUAGAAUUUAGAACCUAGCUACGUUGUAAGGGUUAAACAAGUGAAAUUUCCAUGGUAAUGUUCUGAUUAUCAAAAUGUGGGUAUUAGUUAAAUACCUAGAGAAGAUUGUUUUAGUUGUCAAAUGGUGUAAUGUCCUUUUAUGCUAUAUUCUGUGGUUAGCUCUCUGCUUUAUUUCAGAAUUUAUGUUCUUUCAUUUUGUGAGUAUUGUUUUCUCCAUGACAGACCUGUGACCUGCACCCUACUGCACACAUUCACUUAAUCUUUGAGCUAUUAUAAUUUAGAUCUGUGCAAUGAUCUAAGGAGAAAUUAAGAAUUGAAAAUUUGGUCCAACAGUUGACAGUAUACAAUUUUGAAUCACCAGUGCUGCAAAAAAUGUGUUAGCCAUUUUGAAGGAAUAAGAAAAAAACUAUCACCAAGAGUCAAUUUCUCGACCUUUUUGCUUGCAGAGGGAAGGGCGAUCCAUUGGGCCAAGUAAGCAAAUGUAAUUUUUAGACAAUGUGCUUUAUGUGGACCAAGAGGUUCAAAAUAGGAAUUCAACUCAUUGGCCUUGGUCUUUCACCCUUCAUAAUUCAUUUUCCAAGUUCAGAGACCCACAGCCACUUUGACUUUCACAAUUGUUUGCAUGUGGGUACUUUUCUAAGAGUCAAGCUCAAUUUCAUCAGGGAAGUGGUAGUUUUGAUUUUAGUUGCACAAUCGUUCCCUGUAUCACAGCAUUCAAUGACCCUUUUACUUAGAGCUAUGCCUAGAUUGGGUAGCUUUUUUUCCAGUCGGUAAAAUGUCAUGAAUGUACAACUGGUUUUAUGAAUCACAUCACCCUUGAUUGCUUCUGCCAACAUCACCUUUAGCUCUGCAAAAUGAACCCUCUAUGGGUUUGCCUUGUAUCGAAGGAACCUUUUUAACUAAAAGUGGUGCUUAAGAAAGUCCACUUAUCAAGAAAUGAGCCUUGUUAGAGAAUAUUUGAGCCUCAUAAGGGGAUAAUGGAGAUCCAGUGUAAAAACAAAAGGCAUUUUAGAGUAGUGUACCCAUUGAGUGCCUAUUUUUGUUUAUCUAUAUUUAGGAUUUUAGACAAAUUAAAGGUACAAUUCAUUGAAGGGAAAACUAAUAAGUGCUCUCCUCAAUUAAGUACCCUCCUUCAUGUUAGCACCCCUUUUUAGCCAAAAUGUUAAAUAAGGACCUGGGGUUUAUUGGAGGAAACAUGGUAGUUACUGUAAUUAUUUGAUUUAGUGCCUGGGGGGCUUAGUUAUGUAUGCUACAUCUAGGAAGGGCACCUUAAAGGGGUACAGGGUGCUUUUUCUUUUUUGCGAAAAUAGCAGGUUGUACAAAACAAAUCCUUGAUAUUUAUUUAAAAAGGAACAAUAUCAGAAACCAUAAAAAUAACAAAUGUACAAUGAAUAUUUGCAAAAAAAAUGGAAGGGAAUAUACUCUAGUAUUUCUUUCACUUGAAAAAGAUUUGGGGCACAUUAUAAAAAUACAGAUGCUUGAGUGUCUUGAGGGAGUGCUUAUUGGAACAAGGGUGCUUGAAAUGGAAAUCAAAUCAUUGUAGGAGAUAUUGGCCCAAGUUUCAAUUUUUGCUUUCUUAAGCAUUUUUGGCAGUGUCACCAAAUGAUAAGAGAACGUUUUCAAAACACCCUGAAAAGGUUCUGUGGAAGAGGUUCUUGUAGAAUUUUCCUAAUCAAUUCAGAAGCCUAACACAUUUUCAUUGAUUUGUUGAAGGAAUGAUCAUUGACCGUGUUAUUGUUUAAUACUGUAUGUAUUUUCAGCAAUGUAUUGGCAAAGAAUUUAACUUAUGUAAAGAGUUAAUAAGUUUAAACUACCUAGUUUGUUUCAUGAAUUUGGGUUUGGACAAUUUUAGGUGACUAUGUCAAUUCUAACAUGGCAUCCAAUUUUAGAUGACUAUGUAACAGCAAAUGUUAUAGUGUUGUCUUUUUCCAGUGAUAACAGUUAUGUAGUCUUUAGUCAAUAAUGAAUGGCUUUUUAAAACUUUCUCAAAGGUUGCUCUUUAUCUUAAAUCUUUUCAUAAAGACUUUUUGAGCUGUGGAAUCAUCUAGUCAUGAAAUAAUUUGUUUGUUCUUCUUUGAGUUCAUGUUGGUUCAAUUUUUGUCAUUGUGGUGAUUACAUGUAAGUACUUAUCUCUCCCCUCUCAGUUUGGUUAUCAUGUUUUCCUGUGUCAUUAUAGGCAUUUUCCAUUUCUAUAUAUUGAAAGUUAUCAAUAUUCUUUUAGUCUAUCACUGAUCACCAUCACUCUUCAAAAUGUUGAUGUUCUUUGAAAAACAUCUGCCAUGAGUUAACAAGAUAACUAAGGCAGUGAUGGAUCUAGUCACUGUGGCUGCUAUAUUAAACAUAUAGUUACAAUCUAUUAAAGCAGAAUCCUUGAAUUCUGCCAUUAGCAUAGUAAAUUGGGUUGUAGGCUUCCACAUGAACCCAGAUGGUGUCUAAACCUGAAUGAGACAAAAUUUUAGAUUGGGACAGUUGAUAUUUUUAAGGAAAGGAUUGGUAUUUUGUACACUAAUUAUUAACUGGAAAUGGUGAAUUUUGCCUUGCCACACAUUAAUUUCAAAAUUUCUGGAAUAAGCAUACCCCAGAACCCUUAGUCUAAACUACUUGACAGUACAGCUUUAAUGCCUUAAUUUCCUUUUGUUUCUCGCAUUAUUUGUCUACCAUGAAGAAAUGUACUAAUUUCUCUUUUAUUCUAUUUAACAGGUGUCAGUUGUGACUCGUGCAACAUAGGAAAUUUCCGUGGGAGGCGAUUCAAGUGUUUAAUUUGCUAUGAUUAUGACCUUUGUGCAACAUGUUAUGAAAAUGGAGCAACAACUACAAGGCACACAGCAGAUCAUCCAAUGCAAUGUAUUCUUACUAGAACAGAUUUUGGUAAGGAUGCUGCCAGAACUUUGAUUGUAUACAUUACACUGAUUCGGGAUUUUUUACCCUUUGGGUUUAACAGAGUGAAAUUACUUUGUAUUUCAACGGUGAUUUUACCCAAAUUUGUCUGCUGACUUCUUUAGUUUGGCAUGACCCACAUUUUUGGUCAGCCACUUUAUCUCCAGUUGUUCAACCACUCUUCUUGCUUAAUAUAAACAGUUUUCCAAAGAAUUUUUAGAAUCUCAAAUGAGCUCUAGAAUUUCAGAAAGUGCAUCAGUGAACUUUGUGUGUUCCUUGUAUAUGUACAUACACAUUUAAGUGAUGCAAGUAUACCUUUCAAGCAUAUUCUCACAGAUUAGGUAAUUAUCUACUUGGACCUUAAUAUUUGUUUGUAACUUAAGAUUAAGAAAUGUUUUCCAUGUGGGAAGCAAAUUAAACUUGUUUUCUUGAUGAACAGAACUCUAUUAUGGAGGUGAAGCAUUUACUGCAGACCAGCCACAGUCUUUUACUUGCCCUUAUUGUGGUAAAAUGGGUUUUACAGAGUCUGCCUUACAGGAACACGUAGCAUCAGAACAUAGUGAUGCCUCCAUUGAGGUGGUAAGUAUUUGGCACAUAAAGUAUUUCUGGAAUACUUAUUAAUUUUUUUAGUAGUUACACAGAAGAUUGAGGCACACGAGAAAACCAUAAUCUAAUCACUAGUGGUCCUUGCAGUGUAGUUAUUUUGUAUCCCACUGUCUUUCCAUUAAAACCAUAACAUUCAAGACCUAUUUCUGGUUGUAAUGGUUUCUCAAGUUUGACAGUAAAUAGGAAAAGUAUUGAAGAGGUGCUUAAAUAGGGAUUAAUUCUUGUGUUUUCAAAUUAAACAUUUACUCAUAAUUAUUAGUGGAAUUUGUUCAACUCUAAACCUUAGUAAUGAAUUGUAGGGUGUGCUGAAAUUAGAAAGGUAACAGUAGUUGUUGUUUGCUUACAUUGCCCCUUGUAAGUGUACAGUGUAUCAAAGAUAACUUGAACCUUCUAGGAAAAUUUGGAAGGCUUCUUGUGUUUGUAGAUGUUGAGGUAGGAGACUGUAAACAAAUGAACAGAAGUAAAGGAAAAUAUAGAGCUAACUCACAUGUUUCAUGUUUCAUGCGAUGUCAAAGAAAUGGCUGCUUCAAAUUAAAUUAAAUUUGAACUUCAGUACAUUUUUGUGCUGACUACAGCUUUAUAUGUAAUCACAUUCAGACAGAAACGGUUCAAGUUAUUUAGGGCAAACUUAUAUGGGUAAUUCAGAAUCGGUUCAAAUAAGUAAUUACAGUUGUAAGAAAGAAAUCUACCUGAAAUAGAUUUUCCAGUGAGUGCAAGGUUGGAGUUAAUAAGUAUUGAAGAGCACUGUUUUGCCACAUUUCCUUUAAAGGCUGUUCUUUUUUUAAGGUUUUCCUAUUGGUGUGUAUUUCUUUUACAGGAAAAAAGUAAACACCAUUUUGUUGCAAAGGAAAGGGAAAUCUUAUUUAUGCAGAGAAUUGUGUUUUAAUGAGUGUUGUGUUUGAUGUAGGUAUGUCCUGUGUGUGCUGCCCUACCAGGUGGAGACCCAAAUCAUGUGACCGAUGACUUUGCUGCGCAUUUGACACUGGAGCACAGGGCACCUAGUAGGCCUGAUAUUCUAAUAUCCUUUUAAUUUGUGUCUGCUAUAUGUUUGAUAGUACGUUCAAACAAUUUUGGGUUUCUUUCUCAAGGAAUAUAAGAAUGGUUUUGGGGAAUUUUUGUUCCUUGGUGAAAACUACAAGAUGACGAACUGCGCCUUGAAUGAUCUUUAGGUGGUCUGUUGUCGUUUCGUUGGAGAUGUUGGUGGGAAGGAAUUGCUCAAUUUAUUUAGACCCACCACUCGUUGUAAUGUUUAUUUUGCUGAGUAAAAUGGCUGUUUCAUUUUGAACAGUUAGAUAAUAUGUAUCACCUGUGUGUUCUUUAACUGACUUACUACGACGAGCCCCCACCUGUCCGGCACGUCAGACGUUUAUUUCACCCAGCGGUGAGUGGUAGUCGACCGAGACCCCCAAGGCCGCGAGCAGCCAACAUGCACUUUGGAGGAUCAGGGAACAGUGCGCUUGCUUCGUCCUCGUCGUCCUCUUCCACCUCUGCCCGUGAAAGCAUGGACCCUAUAGCUGAGCUUUUGUCUCAGCUGUCGGGCGUUCGACGUGCUGCCCAACAGCCUCAGCCUCCCAUGCAGUCCCAGCUUCAGUUGCUACAACAGCAGUUACAAUUGGAGAGGCAGCAAGUGCAGCAGACCAGAGAGCGGCUGGAGAGACUUCCCGCUCGGCGUCAAAUGGCGGCAGCUGCUGCUGCUGCAGCUGCAGCUGGUAGUAGUGUCACGGCUACGUCAACGGUUAGUGCUCAAGAAAGCAGUAGUUCGGCGUCUUCGUCAUUUCUUCUCUCUAGGUAAGAGCAUGGAACACAUUUGUUUGUCUGUGAACUUGUUUGUAUUCUGUUUAGUUUCAAUCUCAAGUUAGUUUAUGUUGAACACGUUUCUUCAGUUCUCCCCUCACUGGCGGUCUUCCCUUUUUUCGUCCAAACAGUUUCUAUUCGUGUAGCAUUUUAAAACUUCUAAAAUGCAAUGGCAUUUGAGGAACUUCAGCUAAAAUUUUGGAAGCGUAGCUUUUGGUUUGCAUUGAUCAACUAAAGACAGCAGCGUGAAAGUCGGUGUUAGUGCCCGAAGAUUCAGUUCACCCCAGCCAUCAAUGUUGACACUCUCGAUGUUAUCAAUUCUGAAGGUCAAGAAAUGCUACCUUCAAGACAAAUUUUUAAAGCUGUACGUUUAAUCUGCUUUCGCGAAAUGUCAUAACCUUUCUCUCUAAUCAGCUGGUACAUUAAUUCAAUUACUAGAAUUCACCCACCGAUGUCUUCUCUGGGAAACGAUAUGGGCUUGCCUAACUUUGAUUCUGCCGUUAGGCGACUUCUCAGGGCCAUUGUGUCCUAAAUCAACCUAGAAACUAGCUAAUUUCGUCCGAAGCGUUUGAUACCAGAGCUGUUUCAACAUAUCUCAUUGUAUGCUAAACAAGCAAUUUUUUGAGAAAGAACGAGACGAAGCAUAGGUACGAGUAGGUAAACGUCCAUUGAACUCUCUAGCGAAAUGGGUUGUGCAAACCCCUUAACAUAGAAAUGCAAGUUUCAAGUUUUUCAAGUUUCAAGUUUAUUAAGUUUGCAAUGCACAGCAGAAUGCCGGGAAAGAACCGUUGACUCUUUCACGCAUGCACACAAUACUGUGGAGAACAAAUCUGGGAAACCGUUAGUUCUCUCUGACUUUGAAUUAUUAAGCAUCAAAUCUUUAAUUGGUACUUUUCAGAGCUAACGAACCGGCGCUGUCAGAAUCUGAACAGGAAGCCUUGGAACGCGAGCGUGCAGAUCGAAGCCUGUUUGUACAAGAUCUUAUUUUGUCGACGCUCGGAUCAGCAGCAUUUAGACGCAGGGCUCGAUCGAGGGUUUCGGUCGCCGACGCAUCAAAUGAAUUCGCAAGAAUAACCUUACAGGAUAGUGAGAGGAUUCAAGCGAUUGGAAAUGAAACGCGAUCUGAGUCCCAGGACUUAAAUGUUGUAGAACAAGACAUUACUGUACAAGAUAUGGAGCUUAUAUCACUGGAAACAGAUGAAGACGAAGACAAAGAUUCCUAGCGGAGGAAUCUUUACUUCGAAUUGAAUUUUAUCCUCUGAGUAGGUGCUGAAUUCAUUCAGUGAAAAUAAUUGGCGUUUUGGCGGCCUCACAGUCCGUGAGAACCCGCUAAUCCUUCACAAAGAAGACAACGAAGCGCAUCGGAAGAAUAAACAGCAAUCUUUAUCUGUACAGACGCCCAUGGGGUAUGUUGGUAGAGUAUCAACUUACCCCUGACCAAAUGCUAAUCUCAGAAAGAGUAGCUAUGACUGCGUUCAUUUUACAGUUGAGGAGAUACGUAGAUAGGGUUG